GCGGGGCCACGCGUCUGGCCGGCGACGUGAUUGGUCGAAGGAGCCGCCAGCGGGCUGAGCUCCCAUUGGACAGCCAGCUGUCACUCCCGCGCAAGCCCCGCCCUCGCCUUCAGCUGCACUCGGCUGGUGGAGCCGGACCAAACCAAACCUUUGGCGGAUCCGCCGGAGAUCCAUCGGCGAUCGGGGAUCGAUCGAUUGGUAAAUUGGUUGGUCCACGUGGACCCUUGGGCGGGAUGUCCCGGCUGCUGGAAGGAAGGAACAAAGACAAGAUGAAAGAACUGAACGUAAAGAACAAAGAGAAGGAACGAGUGAAGGAGCGGGAGAAGGAGGCCCGCUCCAACAAAGGUCACCUGUUCACAUCCCUCACCGUCUCGUCCACCACUUUGUGCUCGUCGUGCAACAGAAGCAUCACCGCCAAGGAGGCCCUCAGCUGCCCCGGCUGCAACGUGACCAUUCACAACCGCUGCCGAGACAGUUUGGCCAGCUGUGCCAAGAUGAAGCAGAAGCAGCAGAAGCUGGCGAUGGCAAGAAACAGUUCGGCCCUUCAGAAAGUUGCUCUGCGGACAAAAACCCCGAUGAUGAAGGAGCGUCCCAGUUCGGCCAUCUACCCGUCAGACAGCCUCCGCCAGUCUCUGCUGGGCUCCCGACGGGUCCGCUCGGGCCUCUCGCUGGCGAAGAGCGUCUCCACCAAUAACAUCGCCGGGGUGAGCGAGGACUCAGUCGGGCUCAGGAGGAUUCUGUCUCAGUCCACCGAGUCGCUUAACUUUCGGAGCAGGACCUUGUCCAUGGAGUCGCUCACUGACGACGGAGACUGGUGGUGGAGCCCCCUGCUCGAGGAGCUGCAGGCAGAGGGACGCAGCGUCCAAGCUGACAGUUGGAGUCUGGUCGUGGAGCCCAAAUUCCUGCAGACGCUCCACAAAGACCUCAUUAAACAGCAGGACGUCAUCUACGAGUUAAUUCAGACGGAAUUUCACCACGUCCGGACCCUGCGGAUCAUGGAGGGCGUGUACCGGCGCGGCAUGCAGGAGGAGGUGAUGCUGGAGGCGGGAGUGGUUCACACCAUCUUCCCGUGUCUGGACCAGCUGCUGGAGCUCCACACCGCCUUCCUAGCCCAGCUUGUGGCCCGCAGGAAGCAGGGCACCACCGAGGGCAGCCACGGCAAUUUUAUCGUCCCAAAUAUCGGAGAGCUGUUGCUCACGCAGUUCUCAGGUCAGUCUGCCGACGACAUGAAGAAAGUUUACUCGGAAUUUUGCAGUCGUCACCCGAAAGCUGUGAAACUCUACAAAGAUGUUUUAACUCGUGACAGAAGACUGCAGCACUUCAUCAGGCGCGCCUGCCGCGGUCCUCUGCUGCGUCGUCACGGCGUCCAGGAGUGUAUCCUGCUGGUCACGCAGAGGAUCACCAAAUAUCCCGUUCUCGUCCAGAGGAUCCUCGACAACACCAAAGGCAAUGAGGACGAGGCGCGAGCUCUCAGCCAAGCACUGGGCCUCCUCAAGGAGCUGAUCAGCUCGGUAGACCGGGAGGUUCUGGAGCUGGACCGGACGAGGAGGCUGCAGGAGGUCCAAGCCCGGCUGGACCCCAGGGCUCAAGCGGAGGUUCGUGGCGGAGGCCUGUUCCGAGGAGGAGAGCUUCUGCGAAGGAAACUCCUCCAUGAAGGGAUGCUCCUUUGGAAGGUCCAAGGCUCCAGGAUGAAAGACAUUCACGUCCUGUUGCUGUCGGACAUCUUGGUUUUCCUUCAGGAGAAAGACCAGAAGUUCACCUUUGCGUCCUUCGACAAGUCUCCGGUGGUCUCUCUGACCAAGCUGAUCGUCAGAGAUAUAGCCAAUCAGGAGCGAGGGAUGUAUCUGAUCAGUGACUCCACUCCCCCGGAGAUGUACGAGCUGCACGCAUCCUCCAAAGACGCCCGGCGCACUUGGAUGAACACGAUACACCAGGCCUCGCUCAGUUGUCCGUCCAGAGAAGAAUUCCCUCUGAUCGAAACAGAAGACAAAGCUUUACUGCGACGUCUUAAAGCGGACAUCUUGCAGAAGGAUCGCGAGGUGUUGGAGCUCCUUCAGGAGCGCGUGACUUUGUUUUCGGAGCUGGCGGAGGCGACAGGAAGAAGUGGCGCGGGAGAAGGAGGUCCAGAAGUCGGCGGCGCGCCCUGCAGACGGUCCGACAACAGGAAGUUGUUCCGGGCGGACGUUGCUCACGCUCACGCGCCGCCCGCCGAGCCGCUGCUCGCCGGCGCCAUCUGUGAAGUGGACAAACUGAGCCAUCUGCUGGCGGGAUGCAACAUCAUGAAAGCGUCCGUCGCCAACUGCAACCAGGAACUGAGCAACGGCGAACCCACGACAAUCAACGCUUCUGUAGAACUCAACUCUUCAAAGGACACAAAUGGGAACCAGCUGCAGGAGGCAACGUUGAAGGAGGCGAGUGUCGCGUUGAAGGAGGAAGUGCGUGCACGUCUGGUCAGCGUGAGCACGCAGCUUCACGCUCUUCAGGCUGCCGUCAUUCGUCAGGACUCGGCGGUGGAGCUGUUCGUCAGGACUGGCCCCGCCCCAGGGGCCACCUCCUGGCCCCGCCUCAGCCGCUCGGUGUCGCGGGACACGGGUUUGGACGGCGGCGAGGCGGUGCUCCUGAGGCGGCAGGUGGAGCUUCUGCAGGAGGAAGUGAAGCGGCUGCGCGGUAGAGAGGAGGAGCUUGGCAAACAGGAGGCAGAGCCGGUUGGCAGGAGGAGGAGCAACGGAGACUUGAGUGACGUCAUCAAGGGAGAACCGGUGAGGAGAAGGCGGGGCAGUAGAGAGCUUGAACCCCACCCCCUCGCUCCACUGGCCACUCAUGACCCUCUCGACCAAUUAGACGGUGUUCAGGAAGCCAACGAGGAGGAAGAAGACCAACAAGUGGUGAAGAUUUCUCCUCGCUCUGACAGCCCCAGAGACCUGCAGGACAUCCCAGAGGAGAGCGAGUGUGGAACUGAUCCCAGUUAAUGUUUCCUCGUGAUGUCACCGUAACGUCACUCGUGAACAGAAGAGAAUUGGUGCGUAAAUGAUGUCAUUUCCUGCUCCAGAAGGACUUUUCCAAAUAUUGCUGUCGAACUUGAAACAGGAAGCGCAUAGGAAUAGGUGGACAUAAACACAGAUAUGAAUAGAAGACGUGAUACACCAGCGCACUACAACAGCCCGGCUAAGCAAUGUGCCUACAUGACGGCCACGUUGGUGGGGGCAAGGUUCCCAUUAAAAGCAAUGCAUUUAUUUACAUUGAAAAUAAAUCAUACCUUCCUCAUUUACCAAUCGAUUUUCAAGAGAUUUCCUUUUUUUGUCAACGUCAAAAGCGUGUGAUAUUAUUACAGAACAGUAGGAAAAAAAGGGCCCCAAAAAAUUUACUCUUACCUAUGAUGAACCCUUUUCAAGGAUUGUAGUAACAACACAAAGAAAAGGAACUGACUUGUGAUUGUAUGGCGUUGUGUGCAACCAUGUGCAGCACAUUGUGAAGACAUCCUUGGUAUUUUGGUUUAUGUGCCAUCUAUAAACAUGGAAAGCUGACAAUUUGCCCCCACUAGCUUUAGCGUCGCAUUAGGCAAGCAGCUCAAGGGGGUGUGUCCUAUCUACCUAUUGUUCACUUCUUUAUGACUAUUUAUUUGUCUUCAUGUUAGUAAAAAAGACUGAAAGUUUUCAUCCACCUUUUAAUGACUGAUCAAAACAAAGAGGGAAACUGUUGGCACGUUAGCUAGUCGUUGAAUUCUUCAAAAUGGCCGGCAGGAGACGUUUUGAGACAUUUUGAGGUGUGGACUCGAGUCAGACUCGAGUCAUGAAUUUGAAAUGACUUUAGACUCGACAUGACAAUAUGUUAUAAGACUUGGACUUGAACAGCAAUGACUUGUGACUUCACUUGGACUUGAACCCAUUGACUUGAAAAGACUCGCUACGUUGACCAAAGCACUGAGAAACCAACACUUUGUAGUGUUCUCUUCUUAUAGCUAUAUGUGCAACUUAUUGUUUUACUACAGGAAAAUAGGAUAGGUGACAACAUAAUGCUGAAGGUCUUAAUGAUUAUAUAUUAGGUAGAAGUGUCCCACGCCGUUAUUGCUAAUGUGUAGUGACUUCUUCAUAUGUUUUAACACCUAACGCUCUGGUAGAGGAAUUGACCAAGAGGUAAUUUUUCAAGCACUACCUAAAGUAAUGAUUUCAUUAAAAAAAAACAAAAAAAAACAGUACAACAUAAAUUAACAAUAAAUGUGACAGCUAAAUAAUGUAUAUAUUCCAAGAACCACUGUUAGCAUACACAGAAAUGACGACAACUAACGUAACAAUAAGGACCUUAAGUAUUACAUAAAAAUAAAAAAAUAAAUCCACAUUGCAUUGUGGGAAUCUUGGGGCUUGACAAGUAUUGCAAAAAAAAAAAAAAAAAAUCCACAUUGCAUUGUGGGACUCGCGCGGUUUGACGUCAUGUAUGCUUCUUUUUGUCAGCAUUAGCAGCUACCUUUGUGAGCGAUCACGGAAGUCCUUACGCGGCGGGCCGGCCGUGCGCUGUCUCGACUUCCUGUUCAUUACAGUCUGGUUUAGUCAGUGUAGUGUUCUCAAGAAUCAGUCUUGUAUAUCUUUUUAUUCACUUUAUUUACCGAUCAGCACACAGCAUCUAUUCGACAUGAAACUACAUUCUUCUUAGCCUCUUUUUGACGCAAUAUUUUUACAUUGUGCCCCCUAGUGUUCCGACUGAGAUACCACAGUAGGUUAAAAUUGUACCUUUAAAAUAAGAUGGCAAAUUUGAUGGCAAACAUAACCCAAACACUCUUUUUUUUAAAUGAAUGCUUUAUGUUUUUGAUACUCACAAGAAAUCCUAAGUUUAAACUGAAAUAUAUAUUUGUGUUUGAAAUUGCCUUCCUAGAAAUGUUUGCAGACAAGAAAAUGCAGUUUCCUGCUAUAUGCACAAUGUGAAUUUAAGAGAAAUGCUGUUGAUUAUUUAAACGAGGAAACCAAUUGGUCGAUCAUUAUUAAGCGAAAUGUUUUUUUUUCUUGUGUAUUCAUAAUUGUUCUUUAACAAGAAAAAAUAUAUUUUAUCCUGAAACUUGAUUAUUCCGAUAGAAUUGUCAGUAAAAAUACUCGAUUACUAAUUGCAGCACUACUUGAUGCAAAUUCUUAUUUAUGACAGGUCUGUUUAAUGUCACUUGAGAAAUAAAGUGAGAAAAAGUAAAGUCAUAGCAUAGAAUAACUGAAAACGUACAAUCGAUCGGUUUUGAGGGGGCAAUAAACUAAGCCCUCCCCCUUGACAAUUGGCUGUGAAGGUGAACAUUUUUUUGAUCAGCCCCCUAGUUUUCUUAUAAAUGUUCAAUGCACUUGUUUAUCAAUUUUUUUUUAUAUAUCGAUUUCAAAAUAUAUUAAUUAUAUAAAUGCAGUAUAUUAUAUAUAUUAAUAUAUAUUUUUAUCUUGUUGGUAAAAUGACUCGAAACUCAAAAGUGUCGGAUUUGACUCGGGACUUGCCUGUCUCGACUUGAAAGUUGACUCGGGACUUGAGGGCAGACUUGCAGACUUGCGUGACUUGCAAAGUAAUUACUUGGUCCCACCUCGCUCACGGGACCUCCUGGCUGCUCUUCAUUCAUUCCUGUCAAACUUUUUAGUUGUUCUCAGGAGAACUUUUUGUUGUUUGUGUAUAUUUUUUUUAAAGAAAUGUGUUCUGAAUUGUGCUGUAAUCUACUAAACUGGUCAUUACUGCUGCAUGUUCCCUCAAUCGUGAUUUUUCAUCGGCAUGAAAACAUUGUACACUGUUUAAGAAAUACAAACUAUGUCAAUAAAGGACUACAUUAGGCCAUUACAA